AUGGAAGGACCCGCCGGUCGCAGAGAGGUACAGUCACAUGGCACAUCAUGGUUGUGGCUUCCUCUCUUCGUUGCUCGUUCUAGUGAUGAGACCGAGCCUGGACGGCCGCAUCCUCGGCGUCGGAGAAGUCUGUUCCAAACAGGCAACAUCUGCAUCCCGGGCUACCACAAGGACCCCGCAGCCACCGCGAAGCUGUUCCGCGGCGGCGUCCUCUACUCCGGCGACCUCGCCGGGCAGCACCCCGACGGAUCUGUACAGAUCCUCGACCACAAGAAAGACUUCAUCGUCUUCGGCGGCGAAGACGUCUCCUCGGUCGCCCUCGAGACCGCCCUCACCCGCCACCCCGCCAUCCUCGAGGUCGCCUGCGAUGUUGUCACGCAUACCAUCUACGGCGCAGUCCCCAAGGCGUACGUCAAGCUCCGGAGCCGUCAACCACCACCACCACCUCCGUUACUAUCAUGA